GGUGCCCUAUGAGACUGCGGCUAUCUGCAUUCUCAGUCACGCGCUCAACCAACCGAAGGAAUACAAAAGAUCAGAACUCGGUAGACAGAAAGUUUGUAUCCACGGGAUAGGUGAACUCUAUUUAUUGGUGACCGAGACAUGCUAAUUAGGAGGUCAAAUUCACUCACUAUUUUGAGUCUGGUUUUCAGCCAGUGUGGUUCGAUUCUUUUGAUGCGGACUGGUAUUUUCUGGUCGAUCAAAUUUUACUCGAUUCCCAAAUUUAGCUCUGCGUUCGUCUCUGUUUAUCUUUUUCACGCCUUGCUCGUUUGUCUACUCAGUUUCAGGUUUUUACUAUCUUUUUAGUUACUUCACUACGUCACUUACCUGGCUUACGUUGAAGAACGAGAUGAUGAACUAUGAUCCGUUUUACCUGUUUUUCUGUAGCCUUGGAGCUAAACCGUCUACCACCUUGCGAUGCUUCGAGCGCGGCGAUUUUUUUGCUUUGUACGAAUCUGAUGCUUUCCUCGUCGCAAAAGAUUUUUUCAACAACAGUUCUGUGGUCAAACAUUAUCGCACAGAGCAAACCAUGUUGCCUUAUGUGAUGGUAAAGAAGUCUUGUACUGAUUUCCUUCGUCACUUCUUGCUGAAACGACAAUAUCGUUUGGAGAUUUAUUGCAAGUCAACCGGUUGUGACAAUGAAAACGACUGGGUUUUAAAAUUUAAAAAUGGCACGAUGGCUGAAUCAUCUGGGUUAUCUGCGAUUUCCUUGAGGUGGCUUGAUGAUCAACUGUUUGUCUCUGUUGCAUUCUGCGACCGUCACAGCAGGCGUUUCGCUGCUGGUGAAUUUGUGGAUUCGUUACAUUUGGCUAAUCUUGAAACGGCACUUAUUCAACUGGAAUCCAGGGAGUGUCUUGUGCCUGCCGGCUUGUUAAGCAAACCAAAUUUGGGAGACAAACCUACUGGAAGUAAGGCCUCGGAUUGUACGCUACUUGAACACUUGUCUAUUAUAUUCGAGAGAGCUGGUGUCUUGGUCACCGAAGUUGAAAAGGGAGAUUUUGCUCUUCCCGACGUGACACACGAUCUGAAAUAUCUACUUCGUCAAUCUACCGACAGCAUGCUCAAAGAGCAUCGCAGCUUGGUUUGCCUGGGUGCGCUAAUCAAAUUCUUGAAUCUGAAAGCGGAUGAAUCCAAUGCUUGCGCAUUCAAGUUGGAACCUUUUAGCCUAGAAAAUUACGUGCGUCUUGACACGGCUGCCCUUGGGGCUUUGCAUUUGCUUCCUGGACCGGAUGAUAGGAAUCGUUACCAGAGCGUGUACGGCGUUCUUAAUUACUGUCGAACACCACAGGGACAGCGUUUAUUGGCUCAACGGUUGCGCCAGCCACUUACGGAUACAAACAAAAUAAAUGAAAAGUUGGAUUUGGUCGAAACCUUAGUUUCGGAGGCAGGAGUUCGUCGAACUCUCCAUGAGGAUUUUCUUCGUAGAAUGCCAGACUUUCAACGUUUGUCCAGAAAACUUCAGAAGAAACAAGCUGCAGGUCUCCAAGAUGUCUAUCGCAUAUAUCAGGCCGUUGGAUGUCUUCCUAACGCUAUUGCUCUUUUAAAUCAAUGCCGUGGUCGGCACCCCUCCGUGGUCAAUGAGUGUCUCAUCCUACCUCUCCAGGGCUUAUUGCAGGACUUCUCCAAGUUUCAACAAAUGAUCGAAUCCACAAUCGAUUUGGACGCUGUUCAAAGUCGAAAUGAGUUCCUCGUUCGUGCGGAUUUUGAUCCCACUCUUAGUGAAUUACAAAGUAGACUGACUUCCUUGGAACGUUCGAUUGAAAACGAAUUUCAACGUGCCGCUCAAAAAUUGGCUCUAGAUCCUGGAAAAUCCGUAAAGCUUGAAACGAAUGACCAGCUUGGUUACUUUAUGCGAAUGACACUUAAAGAGGAAAAGAUCCUUCGCGACUUCAAGACUUUUGAGAUUCUUGACACGCAGAAAGGCGGAGUGCGUUUUCGUAAUUCCGUUAUGUCACAGUUGAGUGAUGAGCAUCAGGAAUUGAGGAAGGAAUACACGGAAGCCCAGAAGUGCAUCGUGGAAGAAUUACUACGCGUAGCAGCUGGCUACGUAGAUCCCCUUCAUAGUCUGAAUUCGUCAACAGCUGAGCUCGAUGUGAUUGUCAGCUUGGCAAUGGCAGCUGUUUCGGCUCCCGGGGGCCAAUAUGUUCGCCCGAAUAUCCUUCCGCGAUCUUCAGGUCGAAUUAUCUUUAAAGCUUUACGCCAUCCCUGCCUGGAACUUCAAGAUGCUGUCUCUGUUAUUCCAAACGAUGUUCACCUUGAACGAGAAAAGCAAACGUUUCUCAUAAUCACCGGUCCGAACAUGGGCGGAAAGUCAACAUACAUUCGAGCAAUUGGAGCUAUCACCGCCAUGGCCCAGAUCGGUAGCUUUGUGCCAUGUUCAUUCGCAGAGCUUAUCCCGGUUGAUGCUAUAAUGGCCCGAAUUGGAGCUGCUGAUUGUCAAGUCCGUGGUGUAUCCACGUUUCUUGCAGAGAUGUUGGAAACUUCUUCAGUCUUACAGUCCGCAACUCCUAAUUCCCUUGUCAUCAUAGAUGAAUUAGGUCGUGGGACGUCUACGUACGACGGCUUCGGUCUAGCCUGGUCUGUCGCUUCUCAUUUAGCCGGUUCGGAACUUGGCUGUUUCAGUCUAUUCGCCACGCACUUUCACGAACUCACCAGCCUGUCACACCAGAUGCCCGGACGCGUGGCAACCUUUCGUGUGACGGCUCAGGUGGCGCAGUCUUUUGGAGGCAGUGAUAGUAUGGAAUCUUCCGACACUGCCGAUGUUAUCAUGUUAUACAAAGUGGAACCUGGUGUUUGUGAUCGAAGUUACGGUCUCGAGGUUGCUCGGCUUGUCGGUUUACCUCAGUCCGUGAUUGAAGACGCCGCGAACAGAGUAAAUCGUGCCGAAAGCAUUGAGUCGCUGUGGCUUAAACUGUGUUGUCUACACCCUCCUGAACACCAUGAAAACCAUCAUGGAAAGCGGUCUCGGCUAUCCAACGAGGCGGACCAUUCAGUCGAUGUGGUGGAUCAACUAAGAGCCACUCUUAUAUCUCUACUGGAAACGGCACUUUCGCAUGAAACACCAGCGAUUCAUUCCAGCGAGUUCGGUAUUCGAUUGGCGCAUUUGGCUCGUGACGUACUGGCCAGUUCGGAAAACGCUUUCCCUAAAGAACUCCUCUGAGCAUUUAUUUAAUCAUUUAGUAAGAAACAACCUCUCUACCUUAUUAAGAAAUAUUCUAUUUUUGUUAUGAAUAAAGUCCUACUUCACCAUUAUA